CCGUGUCCGUGAGUUCUCGCCGUACGUUACUCGCUACCGUAGCCGGUCCGGGUCCGGGUCCGGGUUCGAGUUCGAGUUCGGUUGCCGGUCCGGGAAUCACGAUAUCGCUUGAACUCGGCAUCGUUCACGGCAUCGGAACAUGCUGCGCUCCUCGGGCGUAGCUGUCGCAUCCUCGCGGUCACUCGUUCAUCCCCUGGGAACCGCGGAUUCAAGUGUCGAUCGCGAAUUACGUUAUUGUGAUCAAUAAACUAUUUGCUAGUAGGAAGGGCUGCCGAUUUGAUCGUCGAGGAGACGAACUGACUGGUCGUUCUAAGCCACGAACAGUCAUGAAGACGGAGGUGGAAGACGUAACGAGCGACGGCGGCGUCUGCGAGGGCACCGGGACGAAUCUGAGCACGGCCGAGAACAGCGGCCUCCUCGGGUCAGGAACGGUCCAGGGAUCAGCGGGAUCGGGACCGGAAAUCGCAGGGAACGUGAUGGAGUGCGGUGGAUGCGGAGAACGCGUUCGCGAACGAACGAUCCUCUGCGUCGGUGGCCGUACUUGGCACUCGAGGUGCCUGAGAUGCUGCGCUUGUGCCAGGCCUCUCCACGAUCAACACUCCUGCUUCCUCAAGGGAAUGCGACUCUACUGCAGGCACGACUACGCUUUAACGUUCGGCGCAAAGUGUGCGAAAUGCGGGCGAAGCGUGGGAGCCGGGGACUGGGUGAGACGAGCCAGGGAGAGAGUGUAUCACUUGGCAUGCUUCGCCUGCGACGCGUGCUCGAGGCAGCUCUCCACCGGCGAACAAUUCGCCCUGCUAGACGCCAGGCUGCUCUGCAAAGCUCACUACUUGGACGUGGUCGAGGGGAACAACACUUCCUCCGAUGAAGGCGGUGACUCCGAGAGCGGGCACAAAGGCGGUAACAAGGCGAAGAGAGUGAGAACGACGUUCACGGAGGAACAGCUAUCCGUACUUCAGGCGAACUUCCAACUGGACAGUAACCCGGACGGGCAAGACCUCGAGAGGAUAGCGCAUGUGACCGGACUCAGCAAAAGAGUUACUCAGGUUUGGUUCCAGAAUUCUAGGGCGAGGCAGAAGAAGCAUCUGCACACGGGCAAAAUGAAAGGGCAACAUGUUCAUCAAUCAUCGCCGAAUUCGACUGCGUCCGCGGGCGAUUUCGGUCGACACAUCAAUUUACAUCUGACCUAUUCGUUUCAACAUCAGCAGCAGCAGCAGCAGCAGCAUCACCACCACCACCAUCACGGGCAGCAACCGGCGUCGGCCCAGCUGAUCGUCAGCCCGGCUACGUGCAAGAGCCCCGCGCCAUCGAUUUAUCAGAAUCACGGUCUGCUAUCUAUCGCAACACCGUCAACUCUGUCUUCAGGCUCGGAACAGUCGAUGGACGAACUCUCGCAAGAUUCUAUGAUGUUGUCGAUGCCGAACGAGGUUUAAUCGCCGCGCCUCUGCUACCUACGGUUUAGCCGCAUUGUAAAUAGUACUUCUCGCGUAGCGUUGAUCAAGCUUCCUCGGUGAACGUUUUCCGCAAUAUUCCACACCAUCGAAUUCGUAUUUAUUCCGUCUCGCCGUCUCGCGACGAUUUUAAGUUAGGAGACAAUUUCUCUUUGGCAACGCGCGUCCCUCCGUUCCCUACUCGCCGCACUACUUUAGUACCUAUGCUCUGCAAUAAGCUAAAUUAACUCCUUCAAACGACGUUUUAUAUGUACGUAUAGCAGGGUAACUGUACUUGAUUGGGAGUCAUAAGAGGAUAUUAUUGGGAAUCGACGAUCGUCGUUAAGAUGAUAUACUUCAAACGAUCGGAAAGCGUGUACCGAACGUUUUGUAUGAUCUAUAAUUUCAAACGAAAUCCGCCCAAAUCGUUGUUGAACUUCGAGCAGAAUGUACAGGCGUGCGUCACUUCUACAAGACUGGCUCUCUCGCAUUGCAUAUUGAACGUAACGUUAUCCAAAGCGUAUAUUGAUGAGCGGACACGCGCAUAGAAACGAGACGAAAGCUUCGCUUUUUUCAAAAUCUACGAACGAUUCGAAUGGCGUUCCAUAAAAUCGGAAAACUUGAUUCGUCGACUCAACGUAGUCGAUCGCGAAAUAUCCUUCGACGUCCUGAAAGAGGGGUAAAUGUAAUUUUCCUUCUUUCCCUAGAAUAGACGUGGACGAGACGAACGGUUGUAGUUAUCUACGCGUAUUACUUACUGUUAGUCGUCGCUGAUCCUCGAUGUAAUCGGGGUGUCGUUUUAACGAAAGUGAGAAAUUAGGCGAAGCGGUCUCGAGGUAGUCCCGAGGGGUCUCGUUUCCUCUCGAGACCGCGCGGGGAAUAUCACGAAGCAGUGUUCCGAACGAAAGUAUCUUUUACAGUGUUUAGACAAUUAAUUGUAAUGUAAUCGUAAAAGGGACAUUAUUUAAUAUACGUGUACCGUCAUGUAAAUAUUGUAAACUAAUUGUAAGUAUUGUAUAAGUA